UCCCCGGGUCCUGCAUUCACUAUAUCUGGUCUCCCCGGACCCUGCAUUCACUAUAUCUGGUCUCCCCGGACCCUGCAUUCUCUAUAUCUGGUCUCCCCGGACCCUGCAUUCACUAUAUCUGGUCUCCCAGGACCCUGCAUUCACUAUAUCUGGUCUCCCCGGACCCCGCAUUCACUAUAUCUGGUCUCCCCGGACCCUGCAUUCACUAUAUCUGGUCUCCCAGGACCCUGCAUUCACUAUAUGUGGUCUCCCCGGACCCUGCAUUCACUAUAUGUAGUCUCCCCGGACCCUGCAUUCACUAUAUCUGGUCUCCAUAGACCCUGCAUUCACUAUAUCUGGUCUCCCCGGACCCUGCAUUCACUAUAUUUGGUCUCCCCGGACCCUGCAUUCACUAUAUGUGGUCUCCCCGGACUCUGCAUUCACUAUAUCUGGUCUCCCAGGACCCUGCAUUCACUAUAUCUGGUCUCCCCGGACCCUGCAUUCACUAUAUGUGGUCUCCCCGGACCCUGCAUUCACUAUAUCUGGUCUCCUAGGACCCUGCAUUCACUAUAUCUGGUCUCCCAGGACGCUGCAUUCACUAUAUCUGGUCUCCCCGGACCCUGCAUUCACUAUAUCUGGUCUCCCCGGACCCUGCAUUCACUAUAUCUGGUCUCCUAGGACCCUGCAUUCACUAUAUCUGGUCUCCCAGGACCCUGCAUUCACUAUAUCUGGUCUCCCUGAACCCUGCAUUCACUAUAUCUGGUCUCCCAGGACCCUGCAUUCACUAUAUCUGGUCUCCCCGGACCCUGCAUUCACUAUAUCUGGUCUCCCACAGUACACACAACAUGGAAAUGCAAUUAUUUUAGUAAAUAUAAACUGCUAAAUACCUUUUUUUCUCAUCAGCAGUUAGAGCAGUCUUGUGACUUCUAUCAGUGUCCAGCAGAGCACUGGUUAAAGCUUGUAGGAGUUUUCAUUCUGCUCUAGGAGGAUGCAGGACCCUGACCUCUGUCUGGACAGUGCUGAUUGGCCCUGUGCUGAUCACAUGCACUCUCCCAGAAAAAAAAAAACACUUUAACAAUACACACCAAACUGAGCAUGUGCAGAGUGCCCCCAAACUUAUGUUCUAUCACAAGAUAUUUAGGGGGCAAUGGAAGAAUGGGAGGAUCAGAGAAGACAGGAACAUCCUUUUUUCACAGUGUGGAGGAUUAA